AUGUUCAAGAACACAUUUCAAUCAGGCUUCUUAUCGAUCCUCUACAGCAUAGGCAGUAAGCCUCUUCAGAUCUGGGAUAAAAGUGUCCGGAACGGCCAUAUAAAGCGUAUUACAGAUCAAGAUAUACAAAGCUCGGUCCUAGAAAUCAUGGGAACUAAUGUGAGCACCACUUUUAUCACUUGCCCAGCUGACCCAAACCAAACCGGGCAUAAUAAAAUUCUUUACUUUUUUUAUGAAAAUUAAGAAUUUAAAUUAAAAAUAAUUUUUUUCAAAAUCAUUUACCUUAAACUCUAUGUACCAAUCAAACCCUUGGUAUCAAGCUUCCUUUCCUUGUCAUGAUCAUAAAAAAUCUCAAAAAAUACUUCACCUUUGAAGUUCAAGUCUUGGACGAUAAAAAUAUUCGCCGAAGGUUUAGGGCAUCAAACUAUCAAAGCACAACCAGGGUAAAACCGUUCAUCUGUACGAUGCCAAUGCGCUUAGAUGAAGGGUGAAACCAAAUUCAGUUCAACUUGUCUGAUUUUACGAGAAGAGCAUAUGGAACGAAUUAUAUUGAAACUUUAAGGGUGCAAAUCCAUGCUAAUUGUAGGAUGAGGAGAAUUUAUUUUUCAGACAGACUGUAUUCAGAAGAAGAACUACCGCCUGAGUUUAAGCUAUUUUUGCCUUUACAAAAGCAAGCGUAA